GCGCUGAGAGUUUGUGCAGCUGGCCCUGGCUGCCGCCGCUGCCUCGUCCGGACUUGGCGAGGACUUGGGAGGGACAGCGGCGCUGGGAGGUGGCUUAACAGAGACUUUCCAGCAACUGCUGCCCAGGACUCUUUUUUUUUUUUUUUCUUUUUCUCAGGAGGCGGCGACGGCGAGGGGAGAGGAAGAGAAGGAAGCGUCUCCUGCUGGAGCCAAUGCAGCUCUUCGGCUCUGCGGGCGGAGCGUCCCUGCCCCGAUGAGCCCCCGCCGUGCAUCCCGGACUGUCCCCCGGCGGGAGUGGGGCGCGGAGCCCUGCGCCGACGAUCGCUGCUGCCUCGCCCGUGGGGGUAGGAUGUGGUGAAAGGAUGGGGCUUCUCCCUUGCGUGGCUCACAAUGGCCAGAGAAGAUUCCGUGAAGUGCCUGCGCUGCCUGCUCUACGCCCUCAACCUGCUCUUUUGGUUAAUGUCCAUCAGCGUGCUGGCAGUUUCCGCUUGGAUGAGGGACUACCUAAAUAAUGUUCUGACUUUAACUGCAGAGACAAGGGUAGAGGAGGCCGUCAUCUUGACUUACUUUCCUGUGGUUCAUCCGGUCAUGAUUGCUGUUUGCUGUUUCCUGAUCAUUGUGGGGAUGUUAGGAUACUGUGGAACAGUGAAAAGAAAUCUGUUGCUUCUUGCAUGGUACUUUGGAAGUUUACUUGUCAUUUUCUGUGUAGAACUGGCUUGUGGUGUUUGGACAUAUGAGCAGGAAAUUAUGGUUCCAGUACAGUGGUCAGAUAUGAUCACCUUGAAGGCCAGAAUGACAAAUUAUGGCUUACCUAGAUACCGAUGGCUUACUCACGCUUGGAAUUUUUUUCAGAGAGAGUUCAAGUGCUGUGGAGUGGUGUAUUUCACUGACUGGUUGGAAAUGACAGAAAUGGACUGGCCCCCAGAUUCCUGUUGUGUAACGGAAUUCCCAGGAUGUUCUAAACAGGCCCACCAGGAGGAUCUCAGUGACCUUUAUCAGGAGGGCUGUGGGAAGAAAAUGUAUUCCUUUUUGAGAGGAACCAAACAACUGCAGGUGCUAAGGUUUCUGGGAAUCUCUAUUGGAGUGACACAGAUCCUGGCCAUGAUUCUCACCAUUACUCUGCUCUGGGCUCUCUAUUAUGAUAGGAGGGAACCUGGGACAGAACAAAUGAUGUCCCUGAAAAAUGACACGACUCAGCACCUGUCAUGUCACUCAGUAGAACUGUUGAAACCAAGUCUUUCGAGGAUCUUUGAACAUACAUCUAUGGCAAACAGCUUUAACACACACUUUGAGAUGGAGGAAUUAUAGAGAAUGUCAAAGAAGGGCACUAUAAAUUUAUUUUAUUGGACUUGUGAAUUUUUAGCCCACACAUAACUGUAUCAGAAAUGUGUAGAAAUAAAAAUGAUGCCAUAAAAGAAUGCCUAAGCAUAUAAUUUUCUAUGCUUUAAAAUGAAGAGGGGAAAGUUUUAUAUAAGUCACCACCUGGACAAUAGUUGAUGCCCUUUAUAAUGCUGACAAUAGAAUUAAUACUCGCUUUAUAGCCUGUGUUAAGAUUUUUACUGAACACAGUUAUUCUUUUGAGGUUUAUGCUUUGGUACAAUUUGACCAAUGUUUCUGCAUCCAUGUAAACAAGCCAUGCUAUGGUGGGAUUGGAGCUACAGUAAAGUUUGAUUUACUUCCAAAAGCUUGCUAGUAUAUAAAGUACCAAUUAACUGCUAACAUAGGAAGUUAGACAGUACUAAUGAUUAUUAUUACUUGGUGAUGUAUUCUUUUAAGGGUAAAUAGAUUUUACAUAAGAAAACUCUGAAGAUUGGUGACUACCUAAAUGUGAUUUUUGCUAGUUACUAAAACAUUCUUACUACUUACAAGAGAAAACUAACACAUUGUCUUAAACUGAUCAGGGAUUUAUGUGUAUAUAAGAGUCUGUGUUAAGUCUGUAUAAUUCAGUAGAUUUCAGUUCUUAUAAUGUUAAGAAUAACAGUUGUGAAAAGGAUAAAUUUGUCCUGUAUAGCACCAUUAUUUUUAACCUUUCCUGUUAAUAGAGUUUUAAAAUUCUGUCUUGGAUUUAUAUUACCUACAUAACUGUUAAUUUAAAUACUUAACCACUAAUUUUGAAAAAUUGCUGGUGUGAUACAAAGGAGUCAUUAUAAUUCAGAAUAUAGUCUGGUCUCUAGGAAGUAUUAAGAAGAAAAGUUUACACAUAGUUCACUCAGUGAAGACUUGGAUGUUAUCUUUUUGCCUAACUAAGACUCUGUUUGACACUAAACACUUUUUAAAGAAGCUUGUCUUUUUUUUCCAAAUAGAAGCAACAGUCUCCAAGUCUGAAUAUAAUUUUACAGAGAAUAGUGUUUCCUUUCUCCAGCAAAAUGUUGUCAUAAAAAUAAGUGACAAAGAAUCAUAAAAAUAAGUGACAACUUAACUAGAGAAUUUCUUUGCUUUAUUUCACUGAUUAAAAUACUGUGGUGAGCUACACAGAUUAUUAAAUUCUUUACAAGAGUAAAAUAUAUUUAUUUGAAAUGGGAAAAGUGCAUUUUACUGUAUUUUGUGUAUUAUGUUUAUUUCUCAGAAAAUGGAAAGUUAAAACUUGUCAAUAAAUAUUUUCUAGAGAGUAA